AUGCCAUUAGUAUCCAUCUCUAUGAACGGUCGUACUUCUGUGUUUCUCAGUGAAUGCACUGAGGAAAUGGUUGCGAAACUGGUUUCCGCAAUGAACUGCGAUAGUCAGCAGCUGAUCCAUUCAGCAAACCAGAAGCCAUCAAUUCACCAGCAGCGUUGUUCAGAGCAACUUACUGCACACGGUGACUAUCUGGAACCACCGACAUGUUUGCGUGAGUGGCCUGGAACCAUUCCUGGUAUACUACGUGACCAUAGUUUCCCACAAUAG